AUCACUGCAGCGCUUUCAUCCGGGCAUUUUAAGCGGUUCGUCUCGAAGAUCAACAAAACAGACAUGGCAUCCUAUGGAAAGAAGACAACAUUAGCAGGGGGUGGAGCUCGGAAGAAGGGAGGUCCCAAACCAGAACUGACAGAUGAACAGAGGCAGGAAAUCAGAGAAGCUUUUGAUUUGUUUGACACAGAUGGAUCUGGUACCAUAGAUGCCAAGGAAUUGAAAGUAGCUAUGAGGGCCCUUGGGUUUGAACCAAAGAAAGAGGAAAUCAAAAAGAUGAUAGCUGAUAUUGAUAAAGAAGGAUCUGGUACCAUUGACUACAAUGACUUCCAAAAUAUCAUGACACAGAAAAUGAGUGAAAAAGAUUUGAAAGAAGAAAUCCAGAAAGCAUUCAGACUGUUCGAUGAUGAUGACACUGGAAAAAUCUCAUUUAAGAACUUAAAGAGGGUGUCAAAAGAAUUAGGAGAAAACCUAACAGAUGAAGAACUUCAGGAAAUGAUUGAUGAAGCAGAUAGGGAUGGUGAUGGUGAAAUCAAUGAACAAGAAUUCUUGAAGAUAAUGAAGAAAACAAGUCUUUAUUAACCACCACUAGACUGUUCAAAUCUCAAACAUUCUUAAACCACAUUCUCAUUGGUUGUCUGGGACCACAGAAAGGUGGAGCUUUUUUGAUUGACAGAAAAGAAUGAGCGAGACAUUCUACGGUGUUUGUGUGAGUGGAUGAAGAUGAAGAGUGGUAGAUUACUCUUAGAUUAUUUAUGUAUUGUGAUAAAUUGAGACAUUCAUGAAAUUAAGACUAAAAUUGUAAUAUAGUUAAAUCAUUAUGAUACCUCAAUUCUUCCAACUUUGUAUCUUGUCUUCAUUCCAGUCUUUAUAAUGAUAAAUGUUUUGUCUUCAUUUCCUUGGUAAAGAAACAGUUUUCAAUGUAAAACUGUUGGUAAAUGAUGAAUGUUUCUUGAAUUGUUCAAUGUACUAUUAAGACGUACUCUAAGAAUACUAGUAUUUGAUGUUUACAUAUGUAAUUAUGUGUUGAUGAUAUAUAGAUCUGAUUCCAAGCAUUUAUCCCUGUUUCUGUUGUAGUUGUUUGUUUUGUGAACCCUCAGAAUUUUUUUUUACAGUAUCUAAUAUUGCCAUAAAAAUAAACUAUUUAAUGCC